CACCCCAGCCCGCUCCCGGGCAGCCUCCGCGCUCCCGCCUCCCGGGUCCAGCUGGAAUUCGAGCGGCGGGAGUCCCUGUCCCCAGCAGUCCCGAGCCCGCCCCAGGACUGGUUCCUGAUUUGAGGUGAAACCAUGAAGAGAAAAUAGAACAAAUAAUAAUGCUUUUCCGCAAUCGCUUCUUGCUGCUGCUGGCCCUGGCUGCACUGCUGGCCGUCCUGAGCCUCAGCCUGCAGUUCUUCCACCUCAUCCCUGUGUCCACGGCGAAGAAUGGAGUGAGCAGCAAGAGUCGAAAGAGAAUCAUGCCCGACCCAGUGACGGAGCCCCCUGUGACGGACCCGGUGUACGAAGCACUUCUGUACUGCAACAUCCCAAGUGUGGCUGAGCGGAGCAUGGAAGGUCACGCCCCACAUCAUUUUAAGCUGGUGUCUGUGCAUGUGUUCAUUCGCCAUGGAGACAGGUACCCACUGUAUGCCAUUCCCAAAACAAAGAGACCAGAAAUCGACUGCACUCUGGUGGCUAGCAGGAAACCCUAUCACCCUAAACUGGAAGCUUUCGUUAGUCAUAUGUCAAAAGGAUCCGGAUCCUCUUUUGAAAGCCCCUUAAAUUCCCUUCCCCUUUACCCCAAUCAUCCUCUGUGUGAGAUGGGAGAGCUGACACAGACAGGAGUCGUGCAGCAUUUGCAGAACGGCCAGCUGCUGAGGGACAUCUAUCUCAGAAAGCACAAGCUCCUGCCCAACAACUGGUCCACAGAGCAGCUGUACUUAGAGACCACUGGGAAGAGCCGCACCCUGCAGAGCGGGCUGGCCUUGCUCUAUGGCUUCCUCCCAGAUUUUGACUGGAAGAAGGUUUAUUUCAGGCACCAGCCGAGUGCCCUGUUCUGCUCUGGAAGCUGCUACUGCCCGCUGAGAAAUCACUUUCUGGAAAAGGAGCAGCGCCGCCAGUACCUCCUGCGGCUGAAGAACAGCCAGCUGGAGAGGACGUACGGCGAGAUGGCGAAGAUCGUGGGCGUGCCCACCAAGCAGCUGCGGGCGGCCAACCCCAUCGACCCCAUGCUCUGCCACUUCUGCCACAACGUCAGCUUCCCCUGCACCGGAAGUGGCUGCAUUGACAUGGAGCACUUCAAGGUGAUCAAGACGCACCAGAUCGAGGACGAGCGAGAGAGGCGCGAGAAGAAGCUGUACUUGGGGUACUCCCUGCUCGGGGCGCACCCCAUCCUCAACCAAACCGUCGACAGGAUGCUGCGCACCGCCCACGGCAGCACGGAGGAGCUCUUCACUCUCCUCUCUGCCCACGACGUCACUCUGUCGCCACUUCUCAGCGCCUUGGGCCUCUCCGAUGCCAGGUUCCCAAGGUUCGCUGCCAGGUUGAUCUUUGAGCUCUGGCAAGACAGAGAAAAGCCCACGGAACAUUCGGUCCGGAUUCUUUAUAAUGGAGUCGAUGUCACAUUCCACACCUCGUUCUGCCAGGACUACCACAAGCGGUCUCCCAAGCCCAUGUGUCCUCUCGAGAACUUGGUCCACUUUGUCAAAAGGGACAUGUUUGUGGCCCUGGAUGGUAGCAGUACUAGUUAUUAUGAUGCAUGUCACAAGGAAGGCAUCUAAAAGGUGCUUAGCCUGGCCCGGUAGAGCCUGUGUGGAAACGCGGACCUGGGAGGGCUGGUUUCUGGUCGGUCUGUUAAAGGUGUCAGUGUGGAUUUUCUAAGGCUGCAGAUAGUGUCUGGGAGCCAUGCGGGGGGUUUUGCUAAACAGCAAAAUUCCUGUAAAAUGGUAGGUGAGUUAUUCGGUACAAAAUGGCCAGUUCAGAGAGAUAAGGUACUUAACACAACAGCCAGGGGUCAUGUAGAAGAACAAAAUCCUGUUUCGUACCCAAAGUUGCCAAUCUUACUUCAUACCCUUUUGGCCUGCCAUGGAACCAGCAAAUCUCUGCCAAUUUUUUCUUAAUCUUGGAUAUUCUUAACUUUGACCUUGCUUAGUGAAAAAUGUCCCUAAGUAAUUAGUCUAAAGCAAGGCUUGGCAUCUUUGUCCGAAAGGGCCAUAUGGCAAAUAUUUUAGACGGUGCAAACCAGAUCACAGAGUCUCUGUCGCGGCUACUCAGCCUUGCUCCAGUGACACUGCGAUGCACAGAGGAGAGAACGUGGUGAUGUUCACAGGCCAAACAACACAGGUGGUAACAGUUUACGCUCACAAGCUGUCAUUUGCUGAUUCCUGAAUUUUCAAAACAGACUCUGCCACAGUUGCACAGCCAGCACUUUGAGAACCGGUUGAAUACCAAAGGCUAUUCAACGGGUCCUCCUGUCACUUCUAUACAAACACAGAACUUGGUCUGUAUCUGACACAGUAACGGAACACAAGGGGAAGGAGACAUCGAAUCAGAAUGAAUUGUAGAAAAUUAUUAGGAUAAUACUUGAUGUUCACAAUGAUUGUGGUACAAAAUAGUUUAAGUGUGUUUUAAAUAUUUGUCUGUUGCAGUCUAUAUGCUAAAACUUUUGUAUCCCACUUAGUAUUUUUAUAGUCUAGGAAAAUAUUUUCUGAGACCAGUUUUAGAUGUGGUCUUCUAUCAGUUUACCGCGCUGGCUUGAUGGUUGGAAGGAGGCUGGGAGCUGAAUUCAGGCACUUUUUUCAAAAAAAGAAAAGAAAAGAAAAAAGAACUAAUGAUGGGUCAUUCCUUCUGACAAGCUGUAGAAUUGGAUCAAUUUUGAAACCAUUUUCAUCAAUUUCAAAUGGUAAAUUCUGAUUAAUUUUUAAAUGUUUGUAGAAUAACUUUGUUACUUGAUAGUUAAAUGAUCUUUGUAAGGUAUAUUUUAUAUAUUAGGAGCUAUUGUAAGUAAAUCUGUGACUUCUAGAUUCAUGGUGCUAGUUAUUUUUGAAGACAUGGAAAUUCAAGUGGGCCUCUCCAGUGUUGCUGGCAUUCCAACCAUUUCUCUUCAUUUGUUUUUUUCCCACAGUGUUGCAUUUGAACACAUCUGUUUCUAUAAAUAAAUUUUUGAAGAAUUCUUA